GCAGCAAGUCACCAUCAUCACAAACGUCAGAAAAGAGUCGGGAACGUCAGAAACACCGAAUGCUACGUUGAUUCCGCCGAUUCCGGCAAACUCAUCAAACGGAACUCUCUUAAGUUCCCCUGCAUCUGCCCAAAUACUACCAAUUUUCAACAAAUUCCUCCAUUCGGAACUUUACAGGGGUCCUAUCCACAUGAACACAAAGUCAUCAUAAUCACAGUCACAAUCAUUUUCAAUCAUGAGCGGAAUAAAAUCCAGCCAGUCCGAGCGAACGUCCAUCCACGAAAUGCUCAAAGAAGCUUCUGACUCCACAGAAACAAACAACACAAAAAACUCCACUCAUGAGUCAACCACCACAAGCAGUGCGCCCAAACUGGCCAGUAUACCAAACAGCACCAGUUCCCCAGCAAUCAUGGCUGCAGCCAACGGUCAAGGCGGCCAGGAGACGUCCACAAUCUACCGCAGUCAGUCCCGGAUAGAAUUGCUCAAGAACUGGUCCAUAUCUGCUUACAAAUGCACCAAGCAGCUGAUGUUUGAAAAGCUUGGCAAAUCAUCGAGGACAGUUGAUACUGAACUUGAGUCUCAGAUUGAGUGCUUGAGAGACACCCAGAAGAAAUACGCGAAUGUGCUUAGAUUAGCGCGGGGGUUAACGAAUCAUUUUUAUAACGUCGUUCAAACUCAACAUGCCUUAGGCGAAGCUUUUUCGGAAUUAGCACAAAAAUCCCCCGAGUUACAAGAAGAGUUCAUGUACAACUCGGAAACGCAGCGAAAUCUGACGAAAAACGGCGAAACUCUUCUCGGCGCUCUCAAUUUCUUCACAUCUUCAGUGAGCACGCUCUGCAACAAAACAAUGGAAGAUACAAUGCAGAGUGUUAAGCAGUAUGAGGCCGCACGUAUCGAAUAUGAUGCUUAUCGUUCGGAUUUGGAGACGAUGACAGGCCGUGGCGAUGGUACAGUUGACUUGGAGGAUGCGCAGGCUGGAUACGAACGUCACCGGCAGCAUUUUAUGAAACUGCGCGCUGAGGUGGCUGUUAAGUUGAAAUUCCUCGAUGAGAAUCGCAUCAAGGUGAUGCACAAACAGCUGCUGUUGUUCCACAACGCUGUAUCGGCGUACUUUUCGGGUAAUCAAGCCGCGCUGGAUGCUACGCUGAAGCAGUUCAAUAUUAAGGUGAAGACGCAGAGCUCCAUGAUCACGUCGUGGAUAGAACAAUAACGAGCAGGGGCUGAAGCUGCGAGGUUCAUUUGAUUUCUAGUCAUUCCGAAGAUGUGAAGAUGAGAAGGUUUUUUAUUGAUUUAUUUAUGUCGACCUAGUGGUAAGUUUUUUUUUUAAAUAUUGGUUUAACUAUUUAUUUGUGAUUUUGUCUGAUGAUGACGACUGGGAUCAGUGGAAGUAUUCGACGGUUUUUCGACGCUUUUAUACUUAUACGAGGCUUUAAUUUGUUUGUGUUUGUUUUGUAAGUGUACUUGUAAUAUGUAACUGGUACGACUAGUACUAACCACCGCAUUGAUUCGUAUUAAACUUAACACGAUUACUA